CUCAGUUGCGGCGCUCGUUCCAUUCUACCUUUGGAGUUCGCUACGCGGACAUGGCGCGAGUGCUGCGCCCGCCGAGCCGCACGGUGGGGCGGCCUGGUGUCGGUCAGCAGUAGAAUGGAGCUGAAGACCCCGACGCCGGGCGGCGGCGAGCGCGAGACCUGGGGCAAGAAGGUAGACUUCCUGCUCUCCGUCAUCGGGUUCGCUGUCGACCUCGCCAACGUCUGGCGCUUCCCAUACCUCUGCUACAAGAAUGGCGGCGGAGCGUUUCUGGUGCCCUACUGCAUCAUGCUGGUGGUGGGCGGCAUUCCGCUGUUCUACAUGGAACUGGCGUUGGGCCAGUAUCACCGCAAAGGCGCUAUCACCUGCUGGGGCCGCCUCGUGCCACUUUUCAAAGGCAUUGGUUACGCCGUAGUCCUGAUAGCAUUCUAUGUGGACUUUUACUACAACGUCAUCAUCGCGUGGGCUUUGCGGUUCUUCUUCGCCUCCUUCACCACCAUGCUGCCAUGGACCAACUGCGAUAACGAUUGGAACACUCCGUCUUGCAAACCUGUGCUGCAGUUUGAAUUCAGUGCAGCUACAGCUGCAAAUCGCUCGCGUAUACGUAACGACUCACUUUUAAGCCCUGUUCAGACAACACCGUUUACAUCUGCUGCCUCUGAAUACUUCAACCGCGCUAUAUUGGAACUGCAUGGCAGUCAGGGUCUACAUGACCUUGGCACCGUGAAAUGGGACAUGGCUGUCUGCCUGUUUGCUGUCUACGUCAUCUGCUACUUCUCGCUUUGGAAAGGCAUCAGUACAUCCGGAAAGGUAGUUUGGUUCACUGCACUCUUUCCUUACGCGGUGUUAUUAAUCCUCCUUGUACGCGGCAUCACUUUACCUGGGUCAGCUACUGGAAUUCAAUACUAUCUCAGCCCUAACUUCGAGGCUAUUACUCAACCACAGGUGUGGGUGGAUGCUGCUACUCAAGUCUUCUUCUCUUUGGGACCUGGUUUUGGAGUACUAUUGGCAUACGCUUCCUACAACAAGUAUCAUAACAACGUUUUCCAAGACGCUCUUUUAACUAGCGUGAUCAACUCAGCAACUUCCUUCGUGGCCGGUUUUGUAAUCUUCAGCGUUCUAGGUUAUAUGGCGCACGCAUCAGGGCGGGAAGUCCAGGAUGUAGCCACUGAGGGUCCAGGGCUCGUAUUCAUCGUAUACCCAGCUGCCAUUGCAACCAUGCCAGGCUCUACAUUUUGGGCGUUAAUAUUCUUUAUGAUGCUGUUGACCCUUGGUCUAGAUAGUUCGUUCGGCGGCUCUGAAGCAAUAAUAACAGCUCUAAGCGAUGAGUUCCCUCCAAUCGGACGUCAUCGCGAAAUCUUCGUGGCCUGUCUCUUUACGUUGUACUUCUUCGUGGGUCUGGCGUCCUGCACUAAAGGGGGCUUUUACUUCUUCCAACUCUUGGAUCGAUAUGCUGCAGGAUAUUCUAUAUUAGUAGCUGUCUUCUUUGAAGCAAUUGCAGUUUCUUGGAUUUAUGGUACCGAGCGUUUUUGUGAAGACAUCCGCGAUAUGAUCGGCUUUAGACCAGGCGUGUACUGGCGCUUCUGUUGGCGUUUCGCUGCUCCAGUGUUCCUACUCUUCAUCACAGUCUAUGGCCUCCUCGAUUACGAACCGCUACGAUACGAGGACUACAUAUACCCCGACUGGGCUAACGCAUUGGGAUGGGCUAUAGCAGGAUCCAGUGUGCUGUGCAUUCCAACAGUUGCUAUUUACAAGAUCUUAACAACAAAGGGCAGUUUUUUUGAGCGUCUACGCAUCCUAACUACACCAUAUGCGGACACAGAAGGCGCUAGGGCAGUUCACAACGGUGUAGUAGUAUCAGAGAGUGGCGGUGUGAGGUUAUCGUCGACUGUUAACACCCCUACAACGCCAACACAGCCACCUGCGCUGGCCGCUGCGCCUGCGCUUGUCUGAGCAUCACUCUCCUUCGACGUCUACUAUGUGUAGCGUCGCAGGUACGCCGACUUUUUUAAUGUCAUUUAUGUUCUAUAAGGACAAAAGUGAGGUUAUAAGAGGUUAUGGUCCCAGAUUGAUAACAAGGUCAUUGCUGCUAGUUGUCAAGUUUGAGUUUUAAAAAUAUCUUCAGUAAUAAAUUUAAUUAUCGUGAAGGAACGUGAUAUACGCCGUGAAAUUAUAAUUAUCCGAUUCAGUAGGCUUAGUCAUUGAUUUACAUUACAUUAACAUUAGAAAAUAGUAGUUAUUGGGAUAAUAAUGACCUCGUCCUUGUUUAAGCGCUCGCUCAGUUGAACCGUUGUCUUCUAAGCGACAAAUUUGAAACAUAAAAGCUACGUUACUGACGGUUUUUUGAUUUUGUGUGUUUAAUUAAUGUUUAAAGGGAAAAUGCAUUCAACAAAUAUC